AUGUCGGGGAGCAAACUACUAGCGAGGUUAGGUUAUAAAGUAGGGAAGACGAUAGGAGAGGGCAGUUACUCCAAAGUGAAAGAAGCCACUUCAAAAAAGUACAGUGAUAAUGUAGCAAUCAAAGUGGUCGAUACGAAGAAAGUGCCAAAGGAUUUUGCCAGCAAGUUCUUGCCCAGGGAGAUGGCCAUUCUGAGAGGGAUCAAACACCCUCACAUUGUGCAAGUGUUUGAGUUUAUCGAGGUUCUCAAUGAAAAUGUUUAUAUCGUCAUGGAGCUGGUCUCAACAAAUCUUCUGGAGCUCAUCCAGCGCAGGACCUGCAUCUCCUGCCAGGAGGCCAAAUGCUUGUUCUCUCAGGUCACCAAGGCCAUUAAGUACCUUCAUGAACGAGACAUUGUCCAUCGGGACCUCAAAUGUGAGAACAUCCUUUUGACUGAGCAGAUGCAGGUGAAGUUGGCUGAUUUUGGGUUUGGGAGGAAGAGUCAGGGAUACCCAGAACUCAGUACCACCUACUGUGGCUCUGCUGCCUACUCCCCUCCCGAGGUCCUUCUAGGGGUCCCUUACGACCCCAAAAAGUAUGAUAUCUGGAGCAUGGGGGUCAUUCUGUAUGUAAUAGUGACCGGUUACAUGCCAUUCAACGACUCCAGCAUCAGCAAGUUACCGGAGAAACAGCUGAUGGGUGUGAUAUACCCAGAGGAGAUUACACUAGAAGAGAAGUGCCAGUGUUUGAUAGAGAAAUUGCUAACAUUCAGUCCGCCAAUGCGUCCGACAGCUAACCAAGUGACAAGGCAUGCAUGGUUUAGAGAACGCAAAUAA